AUGUGCCAGAAUAUUCCCCCACCCAUGAGUCUAGUAGACCUUGAAGACCAAGACUUCUCAGGAGACGAUCGAGAGUUUUCCUCUUUCGCAUAUCGAAUUCUGGCGGGACGCAACUUGGGCAAAUUCAUGCGUGUACCGCCAAUCUUUGGCCCGGAGGACGAGAACCUGGCUCGCAUCGAGGCCCUCCUGACAAACUGGAGGCUUCAUCUACCUUCGACGAAGAGGGAUGCAUUGAACCAGAAGCUCCAAUCGGACGAAAUGAUUUUCCAGGCAAACAUGAUGAUUCACGCGACAUCUAUCAUGCUGCACCAGCCACAUUCGCAGCUCGACUCGUCUCCUGCUCGAUCGGUCACAUCCUGCGCACCGCACCGACCGGUUCCAUCCGGGGAUCUGUUCAAUUCCCACACUAAUCAUACCAUCACUUCAGCCGCUGAGAUUAGCAAACUCAUCACUCACCGUGUACCUCUGCUCUCUCAUACGCACUUCUUUACCUGUGUGGUGACGCUAUCCUCAAUCGUACACCUGAGCAAGUGGGCCCUGUUCUUCAUCCCACAUGAUGACGACGAGCUGCGACAGCAAAUCCGGCUGAACAUUGGCGCACUGAACAAGCUCUCAUCAGUGUGGAAAGCGGCGGGAACGGCCUCAGGGCAGGUUAAAGGGGUUGCGCAGGAAAUCUACCGCACAAAGAAGGCGUCGCAGAUCAACCCGUCCUACUGGCAAGGCUUCACACAGGAAGAGGUGAUUAACAGCAUUGCUGCCGACGAGACGAUCAUGCAUGACAUCGAAACCGGGCUUGGAUCUAUACCAAUGCCGAACCUCGAUGGCCUCGAGCCCUAG